UAGAAUUAACUUAAAAAAAUAGAAAUGGAGGCAGAGAAAGAGAAGCUGAUCUGAAAGGAAUGGCGUCCAUUUGUUGUGUGCAUAUGCGAAUGCGACCAACACUUUGCAACUUCACAGCCUCUAAGGCCGACAAAGGUCCCCCACCUCCCAUAACCUUCCAUUUGGAGCAUCAUAAAACAACACCAUGUUCACUUUCUUCCAUCCAAGAAGGACGCGCGGUUAAUAGGAGACAACUUUUUCUUCACGCCGCAGUAGCAGUAGCUGCAUUUGCAGUCCCACCUACUGUCUCAAAUUCAUUGGCACUCAAUGAUGUGCCUGAGGAUGUUCGUAUCUACACUGACGAUGAGAACAAGUUCAAGAUUGAGAUUCCCCAAGAGUGGCAAGUAGGAACAGGAGAAUCUAAUGGCUUGAAAUCGGUAACUGCUUUCUACCCAACAGAUGCGUCCAAUUCCAAUGUGAGCGUUGUGAUCACAGGGCUGGGACCGGAUUUCACUAGGAUGGAAUCCUUUGGCAAAGUUGACGAGUUUGCUCAGACUCUAGUUAGUGGGCUUGACAGAAGCUGGCAAAGACCCCCAGGUGUGGCUGCUAAACUCAUAGAUUGUAAAUCAUCUAAAGGGAUUUAUUACAUCGAGUAUUCGCUGCAAAAUCCUGGAGAGAGUCGUAGAUAUUUAUAUUCAGCUAUUGGGAUGGCAUCAAAUGGUUGGUAUAAUAGGCUAUAUACGGUGACAGGACAGUUUUUGGAAGAGGAAACGGACAAGUAUGCUUCACAAAUUCAGAAGGUAGUUGCAUCAUUUAAGUUCAUAUGACGAAAAUGGUCGUGAAGAGGGAGAAUUUUUCUCACAGCCCUUCAUCUUUUCCUGGCAUUGUUCUUAAGCUAGAAAUGCUAGAUCAGACUGGUAUUUUUUUGGAUUCAUAGAUCAGACUGGUAUUUUAAAUACCAAGAUAUUUGCUUCAAAUUUGUUGAAUCAGUGUAAUAUCUUGGUGGCGACCAUGUCUGAACAAAAUGACAUUUCCUUUCAAAAUUAUCUACCUUUCUGAACAUAAUGGAAUACUCCUUUCCUUCAUGUCUUAUAUGUGUAACCUUCAUUGAAUAUGCUUAUUAAUCAAGCGUUCGGUAGCAA